UUUUUAUUAUAAUAUCAUGACUAUAGUAUAUAUAGUAUAAUAAAGUUUAAUUAUAUAAUAGAUUUAGUUAAAUCUAGUAGCCUAGCACAGGAUUAGGCUUAGCCCUGGUAGAUUUAUUGCUGCCAGCUGCCCGAGUGUUUACUCAUACUCAUCAUACUGAGUUACUCUUACAGUACUCUGACAACUCUGUGUAGUCACUGUUGUGUGGACAGUGACUAAGACGACUGAAACUGAAAGAGUCAGACCAGACUCAUGACCAGACUUUUGUGCCAUUGAAUUGCUUAAAAAGUUUACCAAAAGUUGAUUCUUUUGAACUCAUAGGAUCAAUUUGCUAUGGCUAGUAUGUCUGCGUGUUGCAAAAAAUGGAAUGGAAACAAUUUCUUUGUUUAUUUCAGUCACUUUUUAUCAGCCUGGGGCGAUCGCAUGUGGGCAUUUGGUGUUGGCUUGUUCCUUAUAAACAUAAGUUCAGAAUCUUUGCAGCUAACUGCAGCUUAUGGCUUAAGUAUGAGCUUAAGCGUUCUACUAUUUGGAGCUUUAGUUGGAGAUAUUGUUGAUGAAACACCCAGAUUAAAAGCUGCACAGACUGCACUUGUGCUCCAGAACUUAUUUGUUAUCAUCUGUGCUGUGUUGAUUUUUUUCUUUUUGACAUACAUGAGUGCCAUAGUCUCAUUUGGCCAGUGGACUAGAUACACUGUGUAUGUUCUUAUCAUUUUACUGUGUGUCUUGUCUCGGCUGACCAGCAUGGCCCGCCAAAUAGCAGUUGAAAAGGAUUGGAUUGUAGAAAUGUGUGGUGAAGACAAGGACAGACUAGCAACUAUGACUGCUGCUUUGAGACGCAUUGACCUUUCAACUCAGAUCUUAGCUCCAAUGGCUACUGGUUUUAUUAUGGCUUUAGCUGGUGUAGAGUUUGGAGCUAUAUUUAUUGGAGCCUGGAAUUUUGGUUCUGUCUUUAUUGAAUACUAUUUUCUUUGGAAAGUUUAUAACACUGUUCCUGCAUUGAUGAAAAAGAAAAACUUGAAAAAGUCACAAGUUGCCACAGAGCUUAAAGAAAAUCUUGUUAAAGAGAAAGAUGCUUUUGAUCAAGGUAGGCCACUGGAAGAAUGCAUGACACUGCAGGACAAAGACAAUCUUGAUACAACUGAUGAUGAAAAAAAAGAAGAAAACGAGGCUUUAAAUAACCAAGAAAUAAGUGUGACUCCUGAAACAGAAAAAAAAGUGAAAAAGAAAUGUACAUUUACCAGACUUUUUAAUAGUUUGGAGAGAUUGUACCUUGGUUGGCCAGUUUAUGUAUCCUAUGAUAUACGCAAUGCAGGAUUAGCUUUGGCUUGUCUUUACAUGACUGUCUUAGGCUUUGACAGUGUAACAGUAGGCUAUGCUAAAACUCAAGGGGUUUCAGAGUUACUUGUUGGAAUAAUGAUGGCUUUGGCAGCCUCCUUUGGUAUUUUUGGCACUUUUAUGUAUCCUUAUAUGAGGCGCAGGCUUGGUUUGGCCAGGACUGGUAUAUUUGGUCUGUCCUUGCAAAUCACCUGCCUAGUGCUUUGUGUUGUUUCUGUUUGGAUGCCAGGAAGCAAAUUUGAUUUAUUUCUAGAUACAAAUCUCAAUGCAACUAAUGCAAUGGAAUUAAGCUGUAUUGAAAAUUCCACUUUAGAUGUAAACAGUACCAUACCUUGUUCCAAAGAAACCUUGAGUCUUAGCGAAAAUGUAUCUAUUUGGAUGCUUCUAGCUGGAAUUAUUACAGCACGUUUUGGACUUUGGGUAGCUGAUCUAACAGUCAGUCAACUGUUUAUGGAAUCUGUGGCUGAAAAGGAAAGAGGAAAAGUCAACGGUGUUCAGAGUUCUUUGAAUCAGCUCAUGGAUAUGUUAAAAUAUCUCAUGGUUGUAUUAGCGCCCCAUGAGCAUCAGUUUGGCUUGCUAGUACAUAUUUCAUUUGGCUUCAUCUGCAUUGGUUGGCUUUUUUAUGCUUUCUUUCUGAGAAAAAGCAGGGGCCAUUUCUUUCACUUUGAAAAAUGUAUACAAAAGAAUAAUUUACAUACCAAUUCUUGAUCUUACUUGUAUAUUUUUUAUUUUUAUUUCUUGUAAAAAGAUUUUUUUUACUUAUAUUGCAAAUUUACAUUUUGCUGAAUAUGUGGAUUUAAAAAAAUAAUAAAUUGUGCAAUUUUUACCUCCGUUUUAUGUUUUAUUAUUGGUAGCUUCACCCAGUGGCUUCACUAGGCUGGAUGUCACCCAGUGGCUUCACUAGGCUGGAUGUCACCCAGUGGCUUCACUAGGCUGGAUGUCACCCAGUGGCUUCACUAGGCUGGAUGUCACCCAGUGGCUUCACUAGGCUGGAUGUCACCCAGUGCAGUGAAGUCAGGUUGCCCAUCCCCCCCCCC